CUUAAAUCUACCCCGCGGAUCCCUCCCUGGAAGAUCGCAUCAACUCCUUUCCUCCUGCACUUUCUUCCCGCCCGUCAUGUCCAUUGAUUUUCCCCACGAGGAGGAGGUCAUCCUCCAGCGGUGGAGGGAGAUCGACGCCUUCCGGAGGCAGGUCGAGCUCUCCGAAGGUCGUAAACCUUACACCUUCUACGAUGGCCCCCGUUCGCGACUGGUCUUCCUCACUAUGGAUAUCAUCCCGCGCUACUGGUCGAUGAAGGGCCACUAUGUCGAGCGUCGCUUUGGCUGGGAUACCCAUGGUGUGCCCAUCGAGUACGAGAUCGACAAGAAACUGGGCAUGUCGGGCCUGGAGGCUGUCCAGAAGAUUGGAAUUGAAAAAUACAACGAGGAGUGCAGAGCCAUUGUCAUGAGAUUCGCUUCGGAAUGGCGCCAGACUAUCGAGAGACUUGGUCGUUGGAUUGACUUCGACAAUGACUACAAGACCAUGAAUGUGAGCUUCAUGGAAUCAGUAUGGUGGGUAUUCAAGCAGCUCUUCGACAAGGACCUCGUGUACAGAGGCUACCGUGUGAUGCCCUACUCGACCGCCCUCAACACCCCUCUCAGUAACUUCGAGGCGCAGCAAAACUACAAGGAUGUGCAAGACCCUGCAGUCGUCGUCACAUUCCCCCUGGUGGAGGAUCCCGAGACUUCCCUUCUUGCAUGGACGACCACGCCAUGGACCCUGCCUUCCAACAUCGCUCUUGCGGUCAACCCCACCUUUGAAUAUAUCAAGAUUCUUGACGAGGCUUCUGGAAAGCACUACAUUCUUCUCGAGUCUCUGCUCCGGACCCUGUACAAGGACCCCAAGAAGGCCAAGUUCAAGAUUGUCGACCGCUUCAAGGGUGCUACCAUGAAAGACUGGAAGUACAAGCCCCUCUUCGAUUACUUCUACGAAGAGUUCAAGGAUUACGGUUUCCGGGUUUUGAACGCCGAGUACGUCACUGCCGAGGAUGGUACCGGUAUUGUCCACCAGGCUCCCGCUUUCGGUGAGGACGAUUACAGAGUUGGUAUGGAGGGAGGUGUUAUUAGCGAAUCUCGACUUCCCCCUAACCCCGUCGACGAAAAGGGUUGCUACACGGCCGAAGUGAAGGAUUUCGAAGGCCAACACGUCAAGGCGGCCGACAGAGGUAUCAUUAAGCACCUUAAGGCUGCUGGUCGCUUGGUUGUCGACAGCCAGAUUACUCACAGUUACCCAUUCUGCUGGCGCUCUGACACUCCCUUGAUCUACCGUGCUGUACCGGCGUGGUUCGUCAAGAUCGGACCUAUCAUCCCCCAGAUGCUCCAGGGUAUCGACGACUCCCACUGGGUGCCUAGCUUCGUUAAGGAAAGACGAUUCUCCAGCUGGAUCCAGAAUGCUCGUGACUGGAACAUCUCGAGAAACCGAUUCUGGGGUACCCCGCUGCCUUUGUGGGUGAGCGAUGACUUCAAGGAGGUCGUGGCUGUUGGUAGCGCAGAAGAGCUCAAGCAGCUCAGUGGCUACGAGGGAGAACUCACGGACCUCCACCGCGACAAGGUAGACAACAUCACCAUCCCGAGCAAGCAGGGCAAGGGCGUUCUCCGCCGUGUGAGCGAGGUUUUCGACUGCUGGUUCGAGUCUGGAAGCAUGCCCUACGCAUCCCAGCACUACCCAUUCGAGAACAAGGAACAGUUCGAGCAGAGCUUCCCCGGUGACUUCAUCGCGGAAGGUCUCGAUCAGACCCGUGGUUGGUUUUACACCCUGACCGUGUUGGGUACCCAUCUCUUCGGUAAACUUCCCUUCAAGAACUGUGUCGUCAAUGGCAUUGUCCUUGCGGAAGAUGGAAAGAAGAUGUCGAAGAGAUUGAAGAACUACCCCGAUCCCUCCCUGGUUAUGGACCGUUACGGUUCCGAUGCUCUUCGUCUCUACUUGAUUAAUUCCCCUGUUGUGCGCGCAGAGCCCCUUCGGUUCAAGGAGUCCGGUGUCAAGGAGAUUGUUGCCAAGGUCCUCCUUCCCCUCUGGAACAGCUACAAAUUCUUUGAGGGCCAGGCGGCGCUGUUCAAGAAGACUCAGGGCUUUGAUUACACCUGGGACCCGAAGGCCGAGGCCACCAACACCAACGUCAUGGACCGCUGGAUCCUGGCCAGUUGCCAGAGUCUUCUCAAGUUCGUGAACGAGGAGAUGGCUGGAUACCGCCUGUACACGGUCGUUCCUCGUCUGCUUGAGUUGAUUGACAACACGACCAACUGGUACAUUCGGUUCAACCGGAGACGUCUUAAGGGUGAGAAUGGUGUUGAUGACACCUUGCAUGCCCUGAACACCCUCUUCGAGGUUAUCUACACUCUGGUCCGGGGUCUGGCUCCGUUCACGCCUUUCCUCACCGACACCAUCUACCUGAAACUCCUUCCCCACAUCCCUGAGGCGCUCCGUAGUGAGGACAGCCGCAGUGUUCACUUCCUUCCUUUCCCCGAAGUUCGUGAGGAACUCUUCGAUGAGGUUGUUGAGAGGCGGGUGUCGCGGAUGCAGAAGGUCAUUGAGUUGGCCCGUAUCUCCCGUGAGCGCCGGAACAUUGGGCUGAAGACGCCUUUGAAGACCCUCGUCGUGAUCCACCAGGACCAGCAGUACCUGGACGAUGUCAAGUCUCUGCAGAGCUACAUCCUCGAGGAACUAAACAUCCUUGACCUUGUCCUGACCUCUGACGAGGCCAAAUACAAUGUCCAGUACAGUGUGAGUGCCGACUGGCCGACGCUGGGCAAGAAGCUCAAGAAGGAAGUUCAGAAGGUCAAGAAGGCCUUGCCAUCCCUUACCAGUGAAGAUGUGAAGAAGUUUGUUGCAGAGAAGAAGAUGCUUGUUGACGGCAUCGAGCUUGUUGAAGGCGACCUGGUCGUUAAGCGUGGCCUCAAGGAGGACUCCUCGUCGGCGAACAUGGAGCCGAACACGGAUAAUGAUGCGCUGACUAUCCUGGACGCCAAUCUGUACCCCGAGUUGGCCGAGCAGGGAUUGGGCCGAGAGAUCAUCAACCGUCUGCAGCGUCUUCGUAAGAAGGCGGGUCUUGUCCCCACCGACGACGUGAAGAUGGAGUAUGCCGUCCUGUCUGACCCCGAAGAUGUCGGCAUCGACAAGGCUUUCGAAACGCAGGCCCAGGCCAUCGAGAAGGUUGUGCGCAGACCUCUCGACCGGUACGAGCUCGUGCACGGCAAGCUGCCCAGCGGUGACGAGCCGGAAAUGAUCAUCCAGGAGGAGCAAGAAGUCCAGAAGGCAACCUUCUUGUUGCGUUUGCUUAAGUUGUAGACUUUCGGACGAUCUAAACCCGCGAUGUUGGUAGCUUAGACCAUACAAUUCCCACAGAGUACGAUGUUUGUUUUUUACGAGUUUUGCUGAAUAAAAUUACACAUGUUUAUGAUGAUGAUUUCUAC